AUGAGCAAAAAAAUCUUCACAAUUCUAGAUCCAGAGAUGGAAAUUGUAAACAAAAUAUAGGGUUUUCGAGAAAAUCGGUUUACUCUCCAUCCCAUUUAAGACCAGCAAAGUCAUUGGGAAAAUUUUUAUUAAACCCCUUUAAGAAUCAAUAAAUUUAACAAAAUUUCUUUUAAUAUAAUUAAUAAUAGUUUAUAACGAGAUCUAUUAAAUUUUACUUUAAAAAAAUUGGCUCGUUCUUAAAGGGGAUAGAAUUAGGAAAAAGAUGUAUCCAGAAAGAAAUGUGCAUUAUAUAACUUCUUUGAGUCCCAGCACAAAUUUUAGCCCCAAUAAAUCAAAGCAUGAUUAUCUUUAUGAUGAAGUGCAUCUAUUUCCACAAUAUCCAGGGAAAGAAAAAGGAAAUCAAACACCUAACUCAUAUCUGAAAAGUAAAGGAGAAUACGAUAAAUUAGAAAAUCAACUGAAAGAUGUCCAGCAGAACAUUGACUCAAUAAAGACCAAAUUAAAGCCUAUUAAUCAAAUUAGAAUAAUCAAAAGCCACCAAAAUAUGCCAACGAUAAAUAAUAAAAAAUUAUCAAGAGAUAAUCAUAGUUCAAGUCCUAGAGUAAUUGCCAAUAAUCACUUAUUGACUGAAAAAAGUUACCAAGAUAUAAUUGUUAAAGAGGAGAUUAAAACACAUACUAGUGAAUUUGAGAUGAAAAGAGCUGAAGGUUUGUCUUUGAGCCCUUCUCGUCUCAGAUAUGUUGCUCCAAAGCAGCUUGUAAAAAGUCCAGAAAUUCAUGCAUAUGGCAUUAAUUUGCCAAAUCCUAAGUUUUCAGAUUUUGAUCCUAUCAUUGGCAUAAAUAAAAUGGCAUUCGGAUCGAGUGAAGUUAGCUCUGCUAAUUUUCUCUCCCUCAAGCAAUUUAUUUAUGGGUUUGGGUUUUACCUCGAGAACUUCUGCACAGGAAUAGUGGUUUAACUCUGGGGAUAACUAGAGGAACUGCUUCUCAGUGCGCUCAAGAGAGGCUCAGACUUUUAUCCCUCAGCACACCAGAGGAAGGUAGCCCCUAGGCGGAACACGCGCAGGAGCUGAGUCGAAUAAGUGCGUGGCAGCAGCGAAGCCAAUCGAAGCAGGAACACCAUAUUUUCCUGUGCCCUGGCGAAUCAAAGUGGAUCGAUCCAGAGGUCCAUGGGCCCGGCACGUGGAUGAGCUACCCCGUAGUGGACGUUAAACGUUAUAAAUAACUUAAGAUUAAGAUUAAUAUCCUAUCACUGGCUUAAAUAAGCGAGAUAAAUCGCCUUUCCAGAGUGCAGCAAAGAAUCUUAUUUCAAAAGAGGCGUCAAGAUUAAGAUUAAGACCCAGUUUUUAA